AUGUCGUCUCUCAGUAGAGAGCUGGUUUUCCUCAUCUUACAGUUCUUGGAUGAAGAAAAAUUUAAAGAGACAGUUCACAAGCUUGAACAAGAAUCUGGGUUCUUCUUUAACAUGAAGUAUUUUGAGGAUGAAGUUCACAAUGGUAACUGGGAUGAGGUGGAGAGGUACCUCUCCGGUUUCACUAAGGUGGACGAUAAUCGUUACUCGAUGAAGAUCUUUUUCGAAAUCAGGAAACAGAAGUAUCUUGAGGCAUUGGAUAAGCAUGAUCGGUCGAAAGCCGUGGAGAUCCUUGUGAAGGAUCUUAAAGUGUUUGCUUCGUUUAACGAGGAGCUUUUCAAGGAGAUAACUCAGCUGCUGACAUUAGAGAAUUUCAGGGAGAAUGAGCAGUUAUCGAAAUAUGGAGACACUAAAUCCGCAAGAGCUAUCAUGCUUGUCGAGCUUAAGAAGCUAAUCGAGGCUAAUCCUCUGUUUCGCGACAAGUUACAGUUUCCGAACCUCAAGAAUUCAAGACUGCGAACUCUCAUCAACCAAAGCUUAAAUUGGCAGCACCAACUUUGUAAAAAUCCAAGGUCGAACCCGGAUAUCAAAACCCUCUUCGUGGAUCACUCUUGCGGGCAGCAAAAUGGUGCGCGUGCACCAUCACCGGCGAAUAAUCCCCUGCUUGGCGGGCCCAUGCCAAAACCCGGUGGAUUUCCUCCUUUGGGUGCACAUGUGCCGUUCCAGCCUAAUCCGGCUCCUGUCCCGACACCUCUUGCCGGUUGGAUGUCUAAUCCGCCCACCGGAACUCAUCCAGCGGUUUCUGGUGGGCCUAUUGGGCUCGGAGGCCCACCAAUUCCAGGUGCGCUCAAGCACCCAAGAACACCACCGACAAAUCCGAUUGAAUUCUCAUCUGUUGACUCUGAAAAUGCAAUCAAACGAACGAGACAAUUGGGAAUUUCUGAUGAGGUAAAUCUUCCGGUGAAUGUUCUUCCGGUGUCUUUCCCAGGGCACUCCCAUAGUCAGCCUCCUUUCAACGCGCCAGAUGACUUGCCUAAGACAGUUGCGCGCACUUUGAACCAAGGCUCAUCUCCUAUGAGCAUGGAUUUUCACCCCAUUCAACAAACUCUACUUCUCGUCGGGACCAAUGUGGGAGAUAUUGGGUUGUGGGAAGUCGGUUCGAGAGAGAGGCUCGUCUUGAGAAAUUUCAAAGUAUGGGAUGUGAGUGCUUGCACGUUGCCUCUACAGGCCAGCCUGGCAAAAGAUCCUGGCGUCUCUGUCAACCGCGUGAUUUGGAGCCCGGACGGGUCUUUAUUUGGAGUUGCAUAUUCAAGGCAUCUCGUGCAGAUCUAUUCUUAUCAUGGGAAUGAUGAAAUGCGCCAGCACUUGGAGGUUUGGGAUGCUGCAACUGGUACCAAGCAGUACACUUUCGAAGGUCACGAGGCCCCCGUUUAUUCAGUCUGCCCCCACCACAAAGAGAAUAUUCAGUUUAUUUUUUCGACAGCAUUAGAUGGAAAGAUCAAAGCUUGGUUAUACGACAAUUUGGGGUCGCGAGUCGAUUAUGAUGCCCCCGGCCGAUGGUGCACGACCAUGGCUUACAGUGCUGAUGGAGCAAGGCUUUUCUCGUGUGGAACCAGUAAAGAUGGCGAGUCACACAUUGUCGAGUGGAACGAGAGUGAAGGGGCUGUGAAGAGGGCUUACCAAGGGUUUCGAAAGCGGUCUUUAGGGGUCGUGCAGUUUGACACGACUAAGAAUAGGUUCUUAGCGGCCGGUGAUGAUUUUUCGGUCAAAUUUUGGGAUAUGGACAGUAUGCAGAUUUUGACGAGCAGUGAUGCUGAUGGAGGCCUUCCUGCGAGUCCACGGAUUCGCUUCAACAAAGAUGGGACCCUAUUGGCUGUAUCAGCCAAUGAAAAUGGAAUCAAGAUUUUGGCCAAUGGUGAUGGUUUAAGGUUGCUAAGGACAUUUGAGAACCUUGCUUUUGAUGCUUCAAGAGCUUCCGAGCCCGCCAAGCCAACUGUAAAUCCAUUAUCUGCCACAGCACCGAGUAGUGCAGGACUUGAAAGGGUGGGCUCGAUUGUUGGAAUCUCAGCUAUGAAUGGGGACAUAAGAAAUCUUGCGAACGUGAAACCUAGAAUAACUGAGGAAACUAACGACAAGUCGAAGAUAUGGAAGCUGAGUGAGAUUAACGAGCCCUCUCAGUGCCGGUCCUUGAAGCUCCCGGAAAAUUUAAGAGUUACAAAGAUAUCGAGAUUGAUAUAUACAAAUUCGGGCAGUGCAAUAUUGGCAUUAGCUUCAAAUGCAAUCCAUUUGCUCUGGAAAUGGCAGCGAAAUGACCGCAAUUCGAGCGGCAAGGCAACCGCAAAUGUGUCUCCUCAACUAUGGCAACCGUCAAGCGGGAUUUUGAUGACCAAUGAUGUAAUAACCGAGACGAAUCCAGAGGAAGCUGUUUCUUGCUUUGCUCUGUCCAAGAAUGACUCGUACGUGAUGUCGGCAUCCGGAGGAAAGAUAUCUUUGUUUAACAUGAUGACUUUCAAGACGAUGACUACUUUCAUGCCACCUCCACCAGCGGCAACUUUCUUAGCUUUUCAUCCUCAAGAUAAUAAUAUUAUUGCAAUUGGGAUGGAUGAUUCGACGAUUCAGAUAUACAAUGUUCGAGUAGACGAGGUCAAAAGCAAGCUUAAAGGCCACUCGAAAAGAAUUACAGGCCUUGCUUUCUCGCAUGUGUUGAACGUGCUAGUUUCAUCAGGAGCUGAUGCUCAGAUUUGUGUGUGGAAUUCUGAUGGAUGGGAAAAGCAGAGAUCGAGAUUCUUGCAGCUGCCUUCCGGAAGGUCCCCUGGAGUACAAUCCGAAACACGCGUGCAGUUUCAUCAGGACCAAAUUCAUUUCCUAGUCGUGCACGAGACCCAGCUCGCCAUAUACGACACCACAAAACUAGAAUGUGUCAAACAGUGGGCCCAGCGAGAAAAUGCUGCCCCUAUAUCGCAUGCCACAUUCUCGUGCGAUAGCCAGCUCGUGUACGCCUGUUUUCUUGAUGCAACCGUGUGCGUGUUCACGGCUUCACACCUACGAUUGAGAUGUCGUAUUAAUCCUUCAGCUUAUCUUGCUCCUAGCAUCAGUUCAAACGUGCACCCGCUCGUGAUUGCUGCGCAUCCUCAAGAACCGAACCAAUUCGCGUUAGGCCUCUCUGAUGGCUCGGUCCACGUGUUUGAGCCCCUUGAAACUGAAGGCAAGUGGGGGGUGCUGCCACCUGUCGAGAACGGGUCCUCAAGCAGUGUAUCCACGACUCCUCUAGGCAGUGGUGGGCCCGCCUCGGAACAAGCACAGAGGUGA